AAAAAUUCUGUAUUGAUUAUAAACCUAAAUUUUGCCUAGAUUCUCUAUAGAAGUUUUAAAGGAUUAUUUUCUUACCCUCCUUUUCUUUCAUAGAAAUUCUGCUUAGAUUCACCUAGAAUGAUUUUCAUUAAGAUGUAAUCUAGAUUCGAAUGAAUUAUUUUUCAACGACGAUUCAAACAUAUUCCAAAGCUUUUCAAUCCUCAACUAAUAGCUGUGAAAAACAGUGCUUAUUAUUAAUUAAAAUGCAAAACCACCCACCACUUCUUCGAAGACCUUUACCUCCAAAGCUCCCUAAGCUGCCUUUAUAUAAGAAGAAAGUCCAUACGGCCAAGACUGAUAAAAUUGAACCACCACAUGAGAAGUUUGCUCAAGAUGAAACCACUUUAGUUGAAAGAGAUAAAACAAGUUUUCCUUCUGUUGUUUCAAGACAGCAACCACAAACCUCUGUCAAUAUCCAAACUCUCUCUCUCAAUUAUAACAUACAAAGCAGAGUGGCUACUAUUUCAACACCUCACAAAUUUAAGAAUGUUUAUUGGAGCAUUCCAGAGACUGCUACUGGUUCCAUAUUUUUUCCAAGUUUUCAUCCAGCUUCCAGACGAGUCUUGGGAAAAGAAAGAAAUCAAAUGGAAAGAUCAAGAAAACUGAAAGAUAAGCCAUCAAAAAUAAGAACAACUUCUGUUGAUAACAUGCUGAAAGACAUUCUGAUUUUUUCCUCAGAGUUCUCCAAAUCUUCAAGUGCCCCUUCCCCAGUUAUCACUCCCAAACCCAAGGAAGUUCACUCUGAGUAUUGCAGGACCUAUACUUUUAAGCACUCUCUGAUAGAUUUAAGUGCAACAACGCCAAGACGUCUCCCAAGAACUAUGCCUGUUCAAGCAAAAAAACAUCAGCCUGACCAUUUACAACAAAAUACGAUGGUGAUAAAUAUUUCUACUUUUCCUGGAACUAUUAUCAUACCAGCAGCAGUUUUACCAAGAAAACCUCGUAGACAGUCUGAAAUAGAAACUCAUUUAUCAGAAAAUGAAAAUCUAGAAAUUGUUCCAAAGCAAAGCACACCAACUUCAUUUGAAGGUAUUAAAUCUAGAAAAGAUGAUUCAGAGGCAAAAGUUAUGCAUGGUGAAGGUUUUAAGACUGUUGCAACAAAAUAUGAAACAAUAGCAGCCAUGACCAACCUGGCUGUAGUAAACUGUCAAAUAUAUGGAAGAAAUGCACUUAAUCUUAAGGGAUUUUUUAUCCUGAAUUGUCCAGACUUAACACCUUUGGCUUUCCAAUUGAUAUAUCUUAACUUAUCAUUUAAUGAUAUCAGCUCCUUUCCCACAGAAAUAUUUUGUCUUAAAUAUUUACAAAUACUGAUCCUGAGAAAUAAUCCUAUCAAAGUAAUCCCUUCUGAAAUUCAACAACUUAAGUACCUUAGAGUUUUCAACAUUGCCUUUAAUUUGAUUAUGACUCUUCCUCCUGGGUUAUUUUCUUUGCUCCACCUUGAGGAACUUGAUAUUUCCUACAAUAGUAUUGCUUCUAUUCCAAAUGAAAUCCAGAAACUCAGAUCACUUAAAAAAUUGGUUGUUGACGGGAAUGACCUGACAUCUUUUCCAUCUGGAAUUUUGAAGCUUAACCUAAAAAAAAUCCUAUUUGAAAAUAACUACACUCAUCCUAUUCUUUGGAAAGAGAAUUCUUUGAAUAGUCCACAGCGUCUUACUCAACUUACUUCUUUGUUCUUUUUGAAAAAUAAUCUGUCUGAUUAUUAUGAUGUGAUCCCAGUUGAAAUUCAAAUGUUACUAAACUGCACAUCCAGAUGUGAAUGGUGUCUUGGUCCCAAGUUUGAUGAAGAUUAUCGUGUCAUCCAAUCCUGCAAUGUUUUCGGAGUGACACACCUUCCUGUUAUGUUUCACGUCUGUUCUUCUUCCUGCUAUAAGGCAGUAAUCGAAAACAGCUGUUUAAGAUAGUAUUCCUGGUAAAAGAGUAUCUCUAAAUUCUGAGUUGAUGAUCAUACAAUGAUUUUUGAAUCCCACUUUAAAAGCCACUAAAGUUUUUAUAUAUAGUAAUUCAUUUCUUUGAGAG